AUGACUGUUUCGCUUCCUUCCGUUAAAUACACUUUAUUCUUCUGCAAACCAAAAAAUAAACAUCGACUCACCUUCUUGAGGCCAAUGAAGCCCCCUAUCUAUUACCCUGUCUCUAUUUCUUCGUUUCUCUAUCACACUCUCCUUUUCUUUAUCUUUUUCGUUCUUGUCUUUGUCUUAUUCGCCUGUGUUCUCUUUCUCUCUCACUCUCAUUUUUCUCUUUUUUUUCUUUUUUAUUUCUUUCAUCCUUUUAAUUUUUUCUCCGUCUCUUUUUCUUCUUUCUCUCUCACUAUCAAUUCUAUCUCUUUCUUUUCUUUCCUUUCUUUCCUUUCUUUCCUUUCCUUUCUUUCCUUUAUUUCUUUCCUUUCUUUCUUUCCUUUCUUAUUCGUCUUUGGCUUCUUUUUCUCUGUUAUUUUUAUUUCUUUUCUUUUUCUUCGAGGCCUUCUUCUCUCUUUUCUCCACUUUCUUCAUUCCUCACUUUCUUUUCUUUCUUCUUCGUCCGCUCCCUACCGUUUUCUUUUCGUUCCACCACUCACUUACAACCAUUCUAUUUGUCCCCGUUUUAAUCUUUCGUUUUCUUUUUUGUUUUUCUGUCCUCCAUCUUUCCUUCCUUCCUUCCUUCCUUCCUUCCUUCCUUCCUUCCUUCCUUCCCUCCGUCCUUCCUACCUUCCCUACCUUCGCUCCUUCCUUCCCUCCUUUUCGGCUCUGAAUUUUCUUCUCUUCUAUCUCUCUCUCUCACACAAACACACACACUUUCUUAUACUUUCUCUCGCUCUCACUUUGUCUUACUUUCUCUCUCUCUCUCUCUUUCUCUCUCUUUCUCCCAAGUCUAAUCACUAUUUAAUUUAA